AUGAUGGGUACUAAAACUCUGUUCAAGUGGCCAAAGAAAAUCACGAAUUCCCUAGUUGUGCAGUUAAUUAAAGCAGAAAAGGACGUGCACAAAGCUGUUAGUUUGUUUGAUUCUGCAACUGCUGAAUAUAGUAGUGGGUUUCGUCAUGAUCUUGAGACUUUUGGUCUCAUGAUCUCUAGGUUAGUUGCUGUGAAUCAGUUUAGGUCAGCAGAAGGAAUGAUGGAGAGAAUGAAGCAAGAAGAUUGUAAGGUUACAGAGGACAUACUUUUAACUAUAUCCAGGGGUUAUGGGCGCGUGCAUAGGCCACUUGAUGCCAUCAGAAUCUUCCACAAGAUAGAAGGUUUUCAGCUUAGGCCCACUGAAAAGGCUUACCUUACAAUACUGGAUAUUCUUGUGGAGGAAAACCAUGUAAAGAGGGCUAUUGGUUUUUACAGGGAGAUGAGAGAAAUGGGCUUUCCACCCAGUGUUGUUUCCCUCAAUAUUUUGAUCAAGGCCCUCUGCAAAAGCAAGGACACUGUUGAUUCUGCCUUACGGAUAUUUCGGGAGAUGCCAGACCGUGGGUGCCAGCCUGAUUCAUAUACAUAUGGUACAUUGAUUAAUGGGCUGUGUAGACUCGGAAGUAUCGGUGAGGCAAAGGAACUAUUCAAAGAAAUGAAGCAGAAAGGUUUUGCAGCUUCUGUUGUUACCUAUACUAGUUUGAUACAUGGAUUGUGUCAGUCUAAUAAUUUGGAUGAAUCUAUUGGAUUGCUUGAAGAAAUGAAAAGAAAUGACAUUGAACCAAAUGUUUUUACUUAUAGUUCUCUUAUGGAUGGUUUAUGCAAAGGUGGUCAUUCAUUACAAGCAAUGGGGUUAUUGGAAGUGAUGGUCAGAAAGAACCAUUUGCCGAACAUGGUUACUUAUAGUUCUUUAAUCAGUGGACUGUGUAAAGAAGGGAAGCUUUGUGAAGCUGUGGAGAUUCUUGAUAGGAUGAGGAUUCAAGGCUUGAAACCAAGUGCAGGGUUGUAUGGAAAAAUCAUAAGUGGCUUCUGUGCUGCAGGCAGCUAUCAAGAAGCUGCAAACUUCAUUGAUGAGAUGGUGCUAGGUGGUAUCUCACCAAAUCGAGCAAGUUGGAGCCUUCAUGUUAGGAUGCAUAACAUGGUAGUCCAGGGCCUUUGUAAUAAUGUUGAUGCACCUCGUGCAUUUCUGUUGUAUCUCAGUAUGCGUACUAGGUGCAUCUCUGUUGAAAUUGGCACUUUUGAUUGUCUAGUCAAAAGUUUUUGUAAGAGAGGAGACUUGCACAAAGCUGCUCGGAUUCUUGAUGAGAUGGUGUUAGAUGGAUGCAUUCCAGACGAACAAAUAUGGAAUGUUGUCAUCGGUGGAGUUUUGAAUCGAAAAAAAGUGAGAGAAGCCACUGAGCUGUUACUGGUUGAGCUGAGGCAGAAGUUUGUUGAAGCUGAAAGUUGA